AUGAUUUAUUUUUCACAACCACAAUCACUAACCCCACAACCAAAACCACACCAACGCCCACAACCACCAACGCCACACCCACCACUCCAACAACAACCGCCAUUCCAACAACAACAACCACCACUACAACCAACAACUAGCAACCAACAACCACUACCAAAACCCACAGCAUCAAAACCUAGUUAUAAAGAACUAUUGCAUAAUUUUCAAGAAAAUAAAAAACUACUUCAACAACAACAACAACAACAACAACAACAACAACAACAACAACAACAACAACAACAACCACUACCACCACAGCAACAACAAAAACUAGAACAUAUGAAUAUUGACUUAGGUGUCACUAUUCCACAACCAUCACCACAACCUGGAAAUCAAGCUAUAAGACGUUUAAAUCAACGUUUGGAGCUCUACCAAUUAGAGAAUAGUAGGGACAUCCCAGGAGAUGGCAAUUGUCAGAUGCAUGCCUUAUCUGACCAACUUUAUGGCAACUUGAACCAUAGUGCUGAGAUAAGAAGAGUCAUUUCCACAUGGCUCAUAAGAAAUAAAAAUUUCACCCUCCCAAAUGGUGCAAAACUACACCAAUUUGCAAAUACCAAUAAUUGGAAUAGAUAUUGUAACCAAAUGGCAAGAACAGGUACUUGGGGUGACCAUUUAACUUUAAUUGCUGCUGCUGAAAUUUUAAAAUCAAAGAUUACAGUUAUUUCAUCUGGUGAAUCUGAUAGCAGCUCUUUCAUUGAAAUUCUUCCAAGUUCAAUAGAAAAUUAUAGAGCAAUUAUAUUAUCUCAUCAUGACAAACACUAUGGUUCUUUACGCCAAAUGAUUUAA